CUUUCGCUCUUCCUCUCUCACACUCUCUCCCACUUCCACACAUACACACUCUCCCACGGGGCGGCGAGAACGGACUCCACAAGUACCGAUCAGCAUUCCAGGACUCCACCUUCAGCAUGAGUUAUUCCAGUGACAUGUAUUCCGGCAGCUCUUAUCGGAAGAUCUUUGGGGAUGCUCCCCGGGCCUCUGGCCGCAUGUCUGUGGGCAGCAGCCCCUCUCGUCUCUCCACGGGAUUCCGUGCCAGCCCUCACCGCAACUAUGCCACCUCAUCCUCCAGCUACAGGAAGGUGGGAGCCGGGCGCACCUUCUCCUCCAUGCCCGACUCCAUGGACCUGACACAGUCCACGGCCGUUACCAACGAGAUGAAAAUCAUCCGCACCAACGAGAAAGAGCAGAUGCAAGGCUUGAACGACCGCUUCGUCUCCUUCAUUGAGAAGGUGCACAACCUCGAGCAGCAGAACAAAGUGCUCGAGGCUGAAGUUACCUUGCUGCGUCAGCGCCACAACGAGCCCUCUCGUCUCCAUGACCUGUACGAGCAAGAGAUCCGUGAGCUGCGGGCGCGCGUGGAAGAACUGACCCACGAGAAGAGCCAGAUGCACCUGGACUGCGUGCAAAUGAACGAGACCCUGGAACGCAUGAGGGAGAAGCUCGAUGACGACACUAAGCUCCGCGAGGAAGCCGAGAACACCCUGAAGAACUACCGCAAGGACGUGGACGAUGCCACGAUGUCAAGGCUGGAACUGGAGAAGAAAGUUGAAUCCCUCUUAGAUGAGAUUGCCUUCCUCAGAAAAGUUCACGACGAGGAGUUGCACGAGAUGCAGACGUCCCUGCAGGCUUCCCAGCAGGUAUCUGUUGAGAUGGACAUGGGCAAACCAGACCUGGCUGUGGCCCUGAAGGACAUCCGGGCCCAGUACGAGGUCCUGUCCGCCAAGAACAUGAACCAGGCUGAGGAGUGGUACCACUCCAAGUUCGCCAGCGUGAGCGAGGCCGCCGCACGCAACACGGACAACUUGAAGCAGGCCAAGGAUGAUCUGAGCGAGUACCGCAGGCAGGUGCAGGCCCGCACGCUGGAGAUCGAGGCCCUCAGGGGCCACAACGAGGCCCUGGAGAGGCAGAUGGCCGAUAUGGAGGAUCGCCACAGCAACGAGAUGGGAGAGAUGCAGGAGACCAUCCAGCAGCUGGAGUCUGCCCUGCGUAGCACCAAGGGUGAGAUGUCCCGUCACCUGCGUGAGUAUCAGGACCUGCUGAAUGUGAAGAUGGCCCUGGACAUUGAGAUAGCAGCUUACAGGAAGCUCCUGGAAGGUGAGGAGUGCCGUCUGACCUCCGUGAGCGGGGCCAUCCAGCACUCUGGCUACUCUGGCUACUCCUACUCCUCCAGCCGCUCCUACGCCCUGGGGUCCUCCCUGCCCUACAGGAAGAGCGGAGCCAAGCCCGAGCAGGAGGAGGACGAGGAGGAGGAGGAGAAGGAGGAAGAGGAGAACGAGGAGGAGGGAGAGGGAGAGGGAGAGGAUGGAAACGACCAGGAGGAGGGCGAGGGAGAUGAGGAGGAGGAAGAGGAGGAGGAGGAAGAGCAGAAGGAGAAAGAGAAGGAGAAGGAUACUAAGAAGUCUGGCGAUGCCGGCAAGGGCACCAAGAGCUAAACAGCUGAAUGUACCUUUCGCUCCAUCACAGUCCAUGCAUUCACUCGUUCAUAUGGUUCCAUCCCCUUCUCUGUCACCUCAUCUCUUCACCUUGUUACCAGGAAAUGCACACAUUACAAGGCACACACACAUAGAAACAUUCGUACACAGGCACGCACACACACACACAAGCUCACCCGGUCAGUCACACACUCCAGAUCCCUCCCAGAUGUACUUUCUCCUCUGUUGCCUCGGGAUGGUUUCUCAUCGUGGGGUUCACCCGUUAGAUGAAGUUCACCACAGACCUGAGAGAAGGUGUCCCCAGGCAGCUUGCCAGCCUGCAGGGCAAUGCCUCAAGGCUGGGUGAUCUCAUGGUGAGAUGGAAGCACCCAGAAAGAACCUGUCUUAAUGUGCCAUUAGCAAUACAACAUGUAGGCCUAUGAGGUUAAGAGCAAUUGCAAGCGUAAAAGGAAUAACUCCAGUGCAAGAUCUGCUAGCACAGAUUUCUACGCUAUGCACCGGUCUGGAGCACACCAACUCUACCGGUCCAACGUUCACGGUGCUAUUAGAUUUUUACUUAAAAAGUUGGGAAAGUUCUGUAUCAGAGGUUGAAGUGUAGCAUGCGCUCUUUGACCAACUCAUGGAUGUUAGCAUGUGACAGGAACAGUGACUUAUUGCCCGGCUGCAGAUCAAAUGACACGUAUCUCCCUGAGGAAUGGCGAUUGCUUCACUCAUUUUUCUCUCUUUCAUUCCCUCACACGUUCUGUCCAUUCGUCCACUUUCUUUUCCAUUUCGUCUCAUCCUCAGUCGACGUUUAGCCUUCAUCCUCCCCCUCUCUCUGUCUCUGCGAAUGUCAUAGCACGGCAAAAAAAAAGAAAAAAAAGAAAACAAUUUUAAUUUCGAAUAUAUAUAUAUAUAUUAAAAGUUAAACCUUUUUUGGGGAAAGGCCUGUGGUGGCAGAGUACAAGUGCAUUGUGCAGAGGCUGUAUGGAGUGCACCUUGGCGAAUGGCAUAUGUAGAGUUUAAAGAUGCUGCUAUUUAUUACAUUGUACAAUUCUUGUUCAGAGUAUGAAUAUCUCCUCUUGAUUGAUUGAUUUUUCACUAACAUUUAUCACCUCUGGUUUACAAUUCCCUCCAAGUGUAGCUUAGUCCCUUUCCCUCUGUCUAGAUUAGAGUGAGUGGAGUUGGUUCUGGUACCCAGUGCUCUGGUCGUGUUGUCUGGAGAUGGUGCAGUGGGUGUUUGGUCUGCCGGCCUGCCCUGAGUGGGCUCUGUGGCAGACAGGGGAGAGGCUGCAAGGAGGGUGGGGGGGGGGGGGGGGGGAGGAGGAGACGGCACCUGGGUGUGACAGAGACAGCCCUCCACACUGACAGCACCUGGCAGCCAGCCGAAGCCAACGCCACUGGGGUCACGGUCACAUGGUGCACCGGCGCCGCGAAUAAGGGCUAUUAUCACCCCCUGCCCCCGCCCCUGCCCCCUGCCCCCUGCCCCCUGCCCCUGCCCCUCCCCGCGCCCCCCCCCCCCCCACCCCCACCCCCAAGCCCACUGCUCGUGUUCUGCAGUCUGAGAUGAAAGGCAGUGGAACGCCCCCCUUCUCCACCCUUAGUCUGGGAUGGUGUAGUGGGGGGGGGGGGGGGGGGGCUCAUGACACUGCACUGCUACAGAGAUAUUGUUGUGUGUGAAAGGAGGGAAGUGACAUGGAGAGACGCUGGUAUUGCACUGUGAUAUGAUGCUGCAAUAUUGUCAAGUUAACAAAUGUACGGAGAGAAUACAAGACAUUUUUCCUAAGCAUUUGGCCAAUGAACUUUAGGAUCCUGUAGUAAAAUGUCUUGUCUUUUCACACGCUUUGUAAACUUACAAUACAGUCAGGUAGAUGGCAUGUUGAGUGACAUCAGAGACUUGUAGAACACUGUGGAUGAUUAUAUGCCCUAUUUAGAAUCUACUUGGUCCUUUAUUUUAUCUGAGAAAUAAAUCAAUCAACGGGUAAUGACUGCAUGGCCUGAUUCGGGGUGCUUGAAAACUGGGGAUAGGAUAGAUAUGCUUGUUGAGUGUUGAAAAAAAUUGCCUUAAUCAUGUUCAAAAACUAUAAAAAAGUUCUCACUUGCAUUUCACAUUUUUCCGAGGUGGUUCUGGAGUGCUGACACCUUACAGACCUGCUAUACUACUGUGACUGUAUGCCGCUCUCAUGCAGUGAUAUUCCUCCCAAAGCCAAAUAAAGCCAUUUAUUAACCAAA